AAUCGCUACAAAACAGUGAUCUUAGCAUGUUGGUUCAGUCAUAAAAAUAAGCCCGAGCAAAAUGCACGGUUUACCGCGAAAAUUAUUUUUCCGUGAAUUAAAAAAAAUAAAGUGGCAAAGAAAAUUUGCCACGACAGCCGCGAGGAGGGACGAAUUUAUUCUGAAAUCAACUCUCCCUGAUGUGGUUAUACCGAAAAUGAGUAUUACUGAGAAAUUGUGGCAAGAUAAAUCGAGUUUUUGGAAUCUAGUUGCUUUGGAAAGCGUCGAGACCAAGAAGACGUACACUUACGAGCAACUUCACAGAUACUCAGCGAAUUUCGCAACGUUCCUUCUCAAGCAUGGUCUGAAACCUGGUGACGUGGUGGCUGUCAUGCUUCCCAACUGUCCAGAGUUCCCGGUUGCUGCUCUGGGCACGUUACAAGCUGGAUGCGUGUUGGCAACUAUCAACCAUAUUUACAAGGAGUUCGAAGUUGGCCAUCACGCAACAAUAGCAGAACCAAAAAUUAUAGUAACAAUACCAGAAUGUUACGAUUCAGUAGUGAAAGGUUUGAAAAGCGCAAAAAACAAUUCAAAAAUUGUUAUUGUAGAACAUGCAAACACAAAAACGCCAAGUGGUACAAUAAAAUAUUCUGAAAUUGCUGAAAACGGUGACGCGGAUUACGCACUUCUAGAUAAAAUUGAAAGGAAUGAAGACGAUAUAGCUUUAAUACCUUUUUCGAGUGGGACUACAGGGUUACCUAAAGGAGUGCAGAUAACAUAUAAAAAUAUAUUGGCGGCCAUGGAAAUAAUGCAAAGAAAAGAGACUUGUUUCCCAAAGUUAUCUAGCAGUACAUUCCAAGACAUUGUACCUUGCAUCCUGCCUUUCUACCACAUCUACGGUAUGAUAGUUACACUUCUAGGCCACCUCUCUAAAGGAUGUAAACUCGUUACUUUGUCGUCAUUUUCUGCUUCCUUGUAUCUAAAUCUAUUGAAGACUCAAGAUGUCACCCUGUUGUAUGUUGUGCCUCCAGUUGCUAUAUUGUUGGGAAAACAUCCAGAUGUGAGUUCAGAACAUUUCCGUAAAGUCCGUCAUGUGAUAUGUGGAGCUGCGCCCCUGGCCGCCUCAGACGCUGAAGCUAUUUUGGAGAAGAGUAAUGGCAACCUGGAGUUUUCCCAGGGUUACGGUACAACGGAGACGACAUCCUUGGCUUCAGUGUGGUUCAAGGGCACCAAGAUCGAGGAUUAUGACUGCAGUGGAGUCCCAAUGGCCAGCAUAAAGCUGAAAUUUAUAGACCCACUCAAUGGGAAUACUAUUCCUAUUGGCCAGACUGGAGAAAUUUGCGUCGGUGGUCCAGUGAUAAUGAAGGGGUAUCAUAAAAACCUAGAAUCAACUAAGGACUGCAUGACAGAAGACGGUUUCUUCAAGACUGGUGACUUAGGACAUUAUUGUGAUAAACCCGGCCAUGGAUUGAAGAUUACUGACAGAAUUAAGGAACUUAUAAAGGUUAAAGGCCUGCAAGUGGCCCCAGCAGAACUAGAAAGUAUUCUUCGUUCACACCCGAAGGUUGCAGAAGCAGCCGUCAUAGGAGUUCCUCACGAGUUCUACGGAGAAAUACCGAAAGCUUUCGUCAUUUUGAAGAAAGAUGUCAAGAUACCAGCUGGAGAAUUGCAAGAUUUUGUUGCAAGUAAAGUAGCAUCGUUCAAGAGGAUAGAAGAAGUAGUGUUUGUUAAUGAUAUACCUAAAACAGCGUCGGGGAAGAUAUUGAGGAGGGAUUUGAAGAAAAUGUACGCUUAAUAUAAGACUAUGAAUCUUUAAGUAUUAUCAAAGGUGCAGUUGCGGUGUUCUGCAAUAAGAAAUUAGAAUAAUUAUUAUUAUUUUGCAUACAUAUAAUUACGUCUUCCUUGCGGGGUAGACAGAGCCAACAGUCUUGAAAAGACUGAUAUGCGACGUUCAGCUGUUAGGUUUUAAGAUAAAAUUGAGAUAUAAAUAGUGACACGUUGCUAGCUAAAGAGAUGGAGUAAUCUUUGUUUCUAUUCUAUGUGGACUCAUACGGCACACUUUAAGAAGUGUGCCUGAAGUGUGUAUGUACUCUUACUUGACCUAAGACGAUAAUUACCUAUAG